CAACUGCAGAAUCUCAGAGGAGAAGACAAUAACAUGAGACUCAUUUAUUCAGCUUCACCAAACGGGUUUCCUCAGCCCUUCCCGAACACACUGAUGACAACAGUGACGUAUCUGGGCGCAUGACUAGUGAAUGCUGUGAGGAGGCGCAAGCCUGGGGCCGUGGAUCAGUUGUUAUCAUCUGUUCAAAUGAUGAUAAUUAUACAUGUAUAAUGUAUAAAGCGGCUUUACAGCGAGACCCUGGUUUCUUUUAGACCCAAUUUCCUGAUACACGGGCCACUGGGCUCCUGUGAAAUGCGUGGCCGGAAGGGGGCUCAUUUAGUGACCGCUCAGCCAAGAGAAGGAAGCUUUGCUGUAGGUCCAGGAGGAUCUGAAGCCAAAACAAAGAGGAGUCGGUGCCCGCUUCCUCAGGGCUGGUGAACGUUGAGAGGGAGUGUCAUCUUCCCUGUAAGUCCCCUGCCCAAGCCUGUCGGGUCUUUGGAAACCUAGAAAGGGCGGAGAAAGGGCCCUCCUGCUCUGUGGCCAGCGGAUCUGCAAGGACUGAGUACGGGGGUCACAGGACCCUGACAUUCCAGCCUUCACUUACUAGCUGGGAAAGAGGCCUGGAAAGUUCAUCACUCCUCUCCCCAACUAAACAGAGUGAUAGACACUUUUUCCUUUGGCUGUGAUACAGUAAGAGUGACGACCAUCACCAGGUUGGAGGCCAUGAAGUAACCCCCUCAGAAAUGCAUCGGAAAUACUGCCGCGGCUCCCGGGAAGGUUCUAGAGCUCACAGCGUCUGCGAGGAACAGAAUGGGGGUGGGGGGGGUGGGGUGCUGCAGGCACAUGCUCCCCGUGCAGUUUGCAUCCCUUCCUGUACUCCUGGGCUGGCUGGCCUCAGAAUUUCCAUGUUGGCCUUUCUGAUAGCAACUAGGAGUUGAAACAAGAGGGAAGGAGGUAAAAUGCCCACGAAUUCCAAGGAAAGCGAAAUUAGGCUUGCCAGCUGGAUUCUGAAUGAUUUUAGGUCCCACAGGAGGCCACGAUCCUCUGACUCUUUAGACACAAAUUAUAACCCCCUUCAGAAUGGCCUCCGUAUCCUCCCCACCCCAGGAGUCUUCUCAGCACUGUCCACAUUUUGCUUCUUGCUCCAACCGUCUUCCAGGAUGACAGAAGAGACUGUGUGGUGCAGGGCAGAGAGAGGACUGGGCCAUCCGUGUGGUCAGGCCAGGAUGUCAGAAGCCAUCCUUCAAAGAUCAGCACCCCCUCAGCCCCCCAGCAUAGAGGACCCCAGGUUGGUACAGUACAUGCACCUUGAACAAGAGGGACUUCAAGGCAUCUCAACCCAAGGCAGCUUCAGACCCAAGGAAGGGUCUGUCCACGUGGGGAAAGUACGACAGACCUUGUGCACAGUCUCGGAGGAGAGCUAGAUGUUCGGGGCCGACACUUCCUGGUCGGUAAGUCCUGCUUAGGGAGGAGGCAGAAUCCUUGCUUCUGGUGAGGCAUGCCUUCCGCUAAGGCCAUAACAGGCCAGGUCCUCCCAGAGGGCGAUUUUGCAGGUGGCCCCCUUCCCCCUUGCAGGAGGGAAACCUCAUGGCUUUGGAACCCGACCUGUCCCUCAGCUCAGUGGCUGAGGCACCCGAGGCUCAAAGCUGUAGUGAUACUCCGGGCCAGGAUGUGGGACCGGGGCAUUGUGACCUCAGCAGUUCUGCCCACAGAGAGGCAGUCAUCCUCCCCCACCUUGGCCUGUAAUCUGCACGGGACGGUGGCCUGGUCACAGGGGCCCGUGGUGGGGAGGUUGGGAAGUUAACACUCUGGCCUCCGCCAUCAUGUCGGCCAAGAGGGCAGAACUGAAGAAAUCAAACCUGAGCAAGAACUACAAGGCAAUGUGCCUGGAACUGAAGCCCGAGCCGACCAAAGUAAGAAGCUCUUUUGAGACCAUGCCGGCAGCCAGGCCUGAGACCCGUGGGGAGGUGACUUGGAGUCAGGGGUCGUUCGCUGUUCCUGGCGGCCAAGACCUGUCCCAGACGUAUGACUACAAGGGAAUUAAACAAGAAGGGCUGUUUACCAAACCAGGAGGGACACACGAGCUAAGGACUGAACUCAGGGAGGUGAAGGAAGAGCUCAAGGAGAAAAUGGAUGAGAUCAAACAGAUAAAGGGCAUAAUGGACAAGGAUUUUGAUAAACUCCAGGAAUUCGUGGAGAUUAUGAAGGAAAUGCAGAAGGAUAUGGAUGAGAAGAUGGAUGUUUUAAUAAAUAUGCACAAGAGCAGCAAUCCCCUUAGAAGAGGUCCACAGGAGCAGCAGGAGUUCAGGCUGACGGCAAAGACGGACACAGACCCACAGCUCCGGCUCAAGAAAGUGGAUGGAGCUGAUGGCAUGCCACUCACUCUCCACGAGAAGAUGAUGGCACUUCAGAAACCAAAAAAGGACCCACUGGAUUCCCUUCAUCAAGGCAGGAUCUGCUGCGAAAGAUGUUUGUUGUGUGCCCAAAAGAACAACUACAGUCAGGGGAGAAAACUUCCAUGCCAUUCCUGGGCACCCUUUUCAUCCUUGGCAUCUGGAGCUGCUUUCUGAUUUAUCUAUGCUUCAAGCCCUAUGCGGGGGAAGGUGUGCUUCCAACCUAGAGCCACCACAGAGCCCACCGGCAGCCCUGGCCCUUCCUCUCCGCUCCCUGAGCUGCACGAUGAGGGCGUGGGGCCCUCUGACACGCCACCCCACCCCAGACCUCCUCCCACCUGGAGAUUAAAACCCUCACUUUAAAGCCAAA